AUGGUGGCGCCCGUGUCAGCGCGGGUUCAGUCAGUAACGCUGAAGCCCACGAGUGACCGAGUGAAGGUUUUACUGUUGAAAUCUGACCUUACACAGUUUGUGGAAGGAGCCGGGCACACGGACCUCCGGGACAGAGUGUUUUGGAAAGCAAGGCAAUUGUGCACGAGAAAACCAACAGCUGAUUCAGAGGAUGAAGUCCCAGUGACAUGGAAAAGAAAGCAUUUUAAAAGGAAGAAGAAGAGGCCCCCAAAAGAAGUCUCUGAGCAACACUCUCCAGUGCAGGACUGCAGCGAGACGCUCACAUUGCCCUGCUCCGUUUGCAAGCGUGAGGUUGACCUGCCUGGAGUUUUCUUCCACAAGAAGGAGCACGUGGCUCUGAGCACACUGGGCUUGCAGUGGACGGGCGGCAAGAAACCAGGGCUCUCAGCGGUCAUAGGCCUGAGACAGUCUGCCAUUACUAAGCUGCUGUCAUCUUUUGCAUUCAACGAGAAAGCCUUGCAGAGCAUUAAUAAUGCUUUUGAGCUACUGUGGAAGAGACAGAUACCAGCAUACUACAAGAUUAUGCAGAGCAUUUGUGAGAGCUCCAUAUAUCCUCAAAAAAUCGAUCACCUAUUAGUUAAAGGAGCAGCUGUUUGCGAAGACAGGAAUUCUACAUGGAGAGUUGACAUGAAUGAUAAAUUCAUUGUCGUGAAUAAUUUUGGCAGGAAACCCAAUGUGUGUUUUUUUGGUUUGUUUGAUGGACAUCACGGGGCCUCAGCGGCCGACUUGACCUCAGUGGAACUCCCGGUUUUACUCCUCCAUCAACUUUCCAGACUUGAUCCUUCCUACCAAAUGACCUCAGAAGAGCAGAAAGUAAUCAGUUCUUUCAACACAGUGUUUAGUGACGACUACAGAGCUGUGGAAGACUCCUUCUCCUCCAAAAAGAAAAGGACAAAAGGAAUGAAGAGCGUGUAUGAGAACAUACACAAAGCCUUUGCCAAGGCGUUCUGGAGAAUGGACAGGCUUUUACGUCUCGGAAGGAGGGAAGUGUCCAGGGUCCGAUGGAGCGGCUGUUCCGCAGUCACUGGCAUUCUGGAAAGCAGUGUUGAGAGUCCCGAGGCCAGGAGGUCUCGGGGAAGAACCAGUGACGUUGGUGCUUUGGCAGAUAGACACCUUUUCCCGGGGAUGCCCAAAACCUCCACCGGGGUGCUGCACAUUGCAAAUGCUGGUAAUGUGCAAGCGGUCUUAUGCAGAAACGGGAAAGGCUUCUGCUUAACCAAAGAGCACACCACCUGGAACGUGGAGGAGAGAAGGCGGGUGCUCCGGCAGGGAGCGGUCAUCAGCGCCAACGUGCCGCACGGCCUCCUCCAGGGGCAGACGGCCACCACACGAGGACUCGGCUUCCAUGGGAAUCUCAAGCUGAAAAGAUUCGUCAUCCCAGCGCCUCAGACGAUUUCUGUGCCCAUAGAUGACUUGUGUCAGUUCCUUAUCCUGGGCACCAAUGGGCUCUGGGGAGUUCUGGACACGAAGGAGGUCACCGCGCUUGCCAUGUCGGCUUUCCAAGCACACAGAGAAACAUGGGGUCCCGCCGCGGGGAACCAACCGUCACCACCCAGAGGGUCUCUGCUUUGCCCCAUCAGUGAACAAACCACAUCGAGAUCAGAUAACAUCCACACAGUGUUCCAGCGCAGAUCUGGAGAACGGGCGCCAACUGGGGAUUCAAAAGAAAACCUGCCAGUUUCAGAACAUUCUAUCUGUGAUCCCGAAAGUUCAGGACCAUCUCCACCAAAAAAGACUACUCGUGAUCCCUGCAGCGAGGAAGGGACUGGCGGACUGACCAGCGUGGACAGACAGCCGAAAGACUCGAGAGAAAAACAGGGAGGACCCGGCAGUCGGAGCUUCUACGAUGGCGCUGCCGCAUACGUCAGCCACGAGCUCGUCAAUGCUGCUCUAGCGGCUGGCUCCAGAGACAACAUCACGGUCAUGGUGAUACUUCUCAACGGAACCGAGCAUCAGCUGCUGACAUAA